AUGGAAUACAGGAAAAUCAAAGACGAGGAAGAUCAAAUUGGGGAUGGUGUUGUUGGAGACGCAGUAACUUCAAGAGGAGUUUCUCCAUCCAAGGUUACUAGUUUUCCGACUGGCUCAGUUGACCGGUUGCGCUGGAAGCGCAAGAUGGUUGUUACGCUUGCAUUAACGAUUCUUACAAGUUCACAAGCAAUACUUAUUGUUUGGUCUAAGCGAGCUGGCAAGUAUGAGUAUAGUGUUACUACAGCGAAUUUCAUGGUAGAAACUUUGAAAUGUGCAUUAUCACUCGCUGCGUUGGCAAGAACAUGGAAGAAGGAAGGCGUUACAGAAGAUAACAGGUUGAGUACAACAUUCGAUGAAGUUAAAGUUUACCCCAUUCCCGCAGCACUUUACCUUGUCAAGAAUUUGCUUCAGUAUUACAUUUUUGCUUAUGUCAAUGCCCCGGGCUAUCAGAUAUUGAAGAAUCUCAAUAUUAUUAGCACUGGUGUCUUAUAUCGAAUAAUACUUAAGAGAAAGUUAAGUGAGGUUCAGUGGGCUGGUUUCAUACUUUUAUGUGCUGGCUGUACCACAGCGCAACUAAACCCUAC